AUGCCUGGGCAACAAGCUGGCAAUGCCAUCGCUGACGUCCUCUUUGGCAGCGUCAAUCCUUCUGGCAAGCUACCUUUGACGUUUCCGAACAGUGACAACGAGACCCAGUUCUCACCUGCGCAGUACCCGGGAAUUCCUGAUCCAAAAGCUCCAGCCUAUGCCUACUACACAGUUUUACGAAGCGCAUCAGUUGGAAUUCACGACAGGUACAGCUCGUUGGACAUUCAAGACGACUUCCGUGGAGGUUUCCAAGAUGCCGUUUCCGGGGCUCGGAAGCUCUCUCUACCACAUGUUCGUUGCUGUGAAGCUGCAGGAAAGAGCGUGACCUUUGUGAUCAAGAACACCGGGACACGUCCUGGAGCAGAGGCAAGCGCUUGCAUGCUUGUGAAUGUUGGAAUCGUGCAGCUUGAGGUGGCGCAACUUUACCUCGAGUUCCCUCCUUCCGCGGGAGAGCCCUUCCAACUGAAAGGCUUUUUUGUAUUGCAACUGGAGGGGCAUGCCUUCAUUGUUCUGCUUGCAAAUGGCUGUGGAUGCAACUCGAAACACGACAGAUGGAAAGGAGAUGCGGGCCCGCUCAUUCUCGGAUCAUUCUGUUUGCGAGCCCCUACUUCCCUCAGAAUAGAACCUAUCCAGAAAGCCACAGAUUCCUAUGCCUUAUCGUGGAACCACGAAAUGCUGGACAGCUGCAGCCGGCAGCAACUAGCGGGCAUCAGCAACAGCAUAGCGAAGAAGGAAGAUGGAUAUGGCAGCCAAGUGGGCAGCAUGGCGGGUGGAGCGCUCCAUCGCCGCAAACAGAUCAUGUGCAGUCCGGGCAAGGACAUGAGCAAUGGAAGAAAGAUUGGUGGAUGGACUUGGCAACCGAAUGCUCGGUUGCUGAUCAAGCUGGCGAAAGAACAGAAGGAGGAUCAGCGUGAAAGUGACCUGGGAAGUUCUCGUAGCAAGGAGUUGGAACCUCUUGAACAUCUACGUAUCUUCACCGCACUCACUGACUUCUACAAGGAUUUUCGGCGAACAACAGGGCAAGAGUUCAUCGCAUAUGACAUGGAGUUUCGUACACAUUUCAAACGGCUUGAGGAGAUUGGGGCCAAGAUCGACGGGCUCAAUCAGGCCUAUUGGUUCCUGGAGAAGGCUGGCUUGUCGGCUGAUCUUCGUAAGCAAGUGGUGGCGGCAGCUGGCGGUGAGUAUGUGUACGAGAAGCUAAGGAAGGCGUUGAUGGCCAUUGUUCCAAAGGUGCAUGCCACGACGGAGGAUGACUACGAGAUGCCUGGCGAAGAUGAGUGUGAGGCCGCCAAGAAGAGAUCUGAGAUUGAGAAGGCCCGAGGAUUCUCCCGUAACAAGAGUCAGCAAGAGAGGGAAGCCCGCGUCAAGCAGAUGAAGGCCAAGAUGCCAUGUAGCGCGUGCAAGGCUCAUGGGAAGACGGCGUAUGGACAUUGGCGUAGCGAUCCCGAGUGUCCCUACCACAAGGCCCAUAAGGAUAAGAAGUCCCCGCAGUGGUGCAGGAAGAGCUUUCUGAUAGUGAUAGUGAUGACGAGGCAUUGGCUCCAGGAGGGGAAGCAGUCUUCAUGGCCACAAGAACAUCGGACGGUGGCUGGCCAGAAGUGGAUGACUCGUCACCUCAAGCACCUGCGAAGAUUGGGCGAGGACGCAUACAUUAUCGACGAGGAUGCUCCAUUGCUGCUCAGCAAGACCGCGCUCAAGGCACUGGGGGCAGUCAUGACGCGGAAAGAAGCUUGUCAAGAUGAUGUUCCACAAAACAUGAAACGUCGAAAGAAACGACAGAAUGAGUAUCAGGUUCAUGCGGUGUAUCAGCAGAAAACGAAGAGCCAGAACAAAUUGAAGAGGAUGAUGGAAAAGGAAAUUCCUUACAAUCAGAUCCCACAGAAUCAAAAGGGGUUGUAUCGGGAAGCGGAAGAGAAGGAGUGGCAGUCAUGGCUCGAUUAUGAUAGCUGCGAAAUCCUUUCUCUGGAAGAAAGCGCGAAGGUGGAAAAGGAUAGGCCCGAGAGAAUAUUGCCCAGUAGGUAUGUGUUCCGAAACAAGAAUGCUGGGUUGAAAGAUGGGAAUGGGGAGGAUUUGCCAGUUAAAGCUAAAGCUCGGUUGUGCAUACAGGGUCACCCUUGUCCCGACAGUAAAACUGGGCAGGUGCAAGUGGAUUCUCCCAUGGUGGAACGGGUGUCAACCAUGAUAUUCCUGCAUUUGGUCACUAGCAUGCAAUGGUUCCAGGAUUGGUAUAUCGGGGAUAUUUCCAACGCCUUGUUGCAGGGAGCACCCCUCACCGGGAAGCCUGAUGUGUUUACGCGACAGCCGAAACAAGGCCUUCGGGGUUUGCAAGAGGGACAACUUCUUAAACUUCUGAAACCAGUGUACGGGAGACCAGACGCGCCCCGUGCUUGGUAUGAUGAACUCUCGCGAGUCCUGGAGGAAGAAAUCGGUUCUAAACGAUGUCAGGUGGAUCCUGCCAUGUUUGCAUUACGAGAUUCCCGCGGAGUCUUGCAAGCACUGAUGAUUGUGCGCGUGGAUGACUUGAUGAUAGCGCAUAAUGGGAGUGCUGAGGGAGAGAGGGCUAUCCAGAGAUUGAGGGGAAGGUUUUCGUUUGGUGCGAGGAUGAAGGUUUGUGAGCAGUCAUCAGGUGUGAGCUACUGUGGUAAAGAAAUCAAGGUAGUUCAAAGAGAUGAUGAGACUUGCGUUGUCCUCAAUCAAAAUGCCUUCGUAGACGGGAGACUGCAGCCCAUGAAGAUAGACCCGAUCAGAUCAAAACAAAUGGAUCUGCCGGCGACCUCUGCUGAAGUCACGGACUAUCGGUCAGUGGUGGGAAGCUUACAAUGGUUGGUCACUCAGACACGUCCUGAUUUGGCUUUUGAGUGCAAUCAGCUUCAGAAGAGGAUAGCCGACUUGAGGGUGAGAGAUCUUCAUCGUGCUAACAAAGCAGUCAGGGAAGCGUCGCGAAGUCGUUUGGAGCUCCUCUUUAGACCUCUCGGACAUGAUGCUGAAAUAGUGGCCUAUCAUGAUGCGGGUUUGUGUAGUAGUCUUGGAGUUGAGCUUGACGAGCGACAGAGCGAAGAUCUGUUGCAGAAUGGCACUGAGAAGAGACUCAUCUACUCCCAGAAGGGCGCAUGCGUCGGGUUUGUCAAGAAAGGGAGCACUGAGCGACAUGACCGAGUGCAUUGCAAUCUCAUAGAUUGGAAGAGCGCCACGAACAGCAGAGUCAUCGAGUCCUCGUUUGCUGCGGAGACGCAUGCUGCGAUCAUGGGUCACAACAUGUCGAGAUUUGCUCAGGUCUUGCUUAGUGAAAUCAAGUAUGGUUCAGAUGUCAUAUCGGCCGUUGAAGACGACGGAUGGCAAGAUCUGUGCCCUGUCACUAUGGUUACGGAUUGUAAGAGCAUUUACGACACUGUUAGAAAGGACGGUCAACGUGUGGGAGAGAAAGGAAGCAUCGUCCACGCUGUGCUUUUGAGACAGCUCCUCACGACAAGAGGAGACAGCGGCAAGGCUCAGCUCAUGUGGGUCCCCACUAGGUGUCAGCUUGCUGACGGUUUGACCAAGGCGUCUAGGGGCGGGGAUAUAAGAGAACAGCUGAGCCUCGGCCUGCUUGUUCACGAAAAGGCCGUCAAGAGGGGCAAGACAUCAACAGGUCAGAGAGAUGGUCAUAGCAGUGUGAAAGAUGGCGUAGCAUCCUGA